GCUACCUUAUAAGUAUAUAACUUGUUAUUCAUUUGUUUUCAAUGUUUGUUGAACUUCAGAUUGGACGGCGAUAACUACGUUUGGUAUUCAUCUGCAUCUCACACGCGGGCGAAGGUAUGUUGGCACAACAUGAGAUGAUUGCAACACAGACGGUGAUACAAUUUGCCACGCCCUCCGUGCAUUAUGACUCCGAUGUUCAAUUGCAGCAGUUGAGACAGAGGGUUCCUCGUUAUUUUGAUGUGCAUAUCGAUAUCUACGCAACCGUUGUUUGCAACAUCGACAAAAUGCACGAUGCAAGCGUCUUUCUAGACAGGCUGCAUCACUCGCCGAACCUUGAAAGUACGACGGUUUCCCAUCCGAACAGACCGAUUGACAUACAAUCGUAUACGGAGAAAUCACUAUUGGAUUGGAUCACAGAACAGUCGGAUGUGGAUAUGAAUAAAAAUCAAAGGGGUGACACGUAUAGGAAACCAGCGUAUAGGAAAAAACUGCAAUCGAAGAUACGUGAUGCACAAAUGAGACUAUCCUUCAAUCCAGGGCUGUUGAAACCAGGCGCGGCCGAGGUGUUGUGUUUGUCGCAGAUGACCAAUAAAAAUUGUGUGCAACCCACUUGUCUUGCAGAGUUACCUGUGAUUGUUGCAGAUGGAAUCGAGUACUUCCUUCUGGAUCAAUUAAUGGAUUUAACAAGGAAAAGCAAAAACGAUAGAAAUGUGAUCCACUGCAUCCUUCAUCCUGUGAUCACAGAUGUGCUUGCAGGAGGGGAAACUGUGGGAUACUCCUUAGCUCCUCCUUUCUCUUCUAAAUUAUCAAACUAUAUUCAGGAUUCGAACAUCGAGAUCGCAGUAUGGGCAAUAUGUGCAGCUCCUACAGAGGUUGAUAGGCAGCGCAAGCGACAGGAGGGUAGUGAUCUCGUUGCGGCAGAGUGUAACAAAACCAUUGUAGAAAAAAAGGAAGACACUGGUGAUGAUAAUGAACAGCAAAACGAACUUGCACUGACCAUGUUCACAGCGGAUCCACGUUCGAAGAAAGUGACAACGCAUGAUGUGAAAGCAGAAGAUUUAAUCCUGCAAUGGACGCUUCUGAACUCUUCUCAUUCCACUGGCCAUGAAGAGAAUCCUAGCCCCUGCAAAGGCAUGAAGCGAAAAUUUGACAGGUCUUUCGUUUUUAAUGGUGACAACAGUGAAAACCGUGUCCUCAUCUUUCAACAAUUUGACAUGAGUGAUGUCAAACACUAGGGCGAGGUAGAGGAGGCAAUUGGUGCAGAAGUUGACACAGAAAGCUGUGACAUGUUCGAAGAUAAACUUGAAGAUGCGUA